AUGCGGGCUCCAAUGUCGCCUGACUGGCAGAGGAGCCAUGUGGCGGAGAGCCUGUUUAGCGGUGAGCUCCGCCUUUUUGACGGUACCAGCCCCACCAAAGUGGCGGUAGCCUUGGACAACGUGGCUGCGACCUUAGAGAAAGACCUCGAGGAAGAGCGCAGGGAACGCAAGGAGCAGGUGGGCUUUCUGAACCGGAUCUGCCUGAAGGAGCGGGAGCUUCUGAUAGGUCGGGCAGAAGCCUUCCAGAGGCAACUGGCCGAGGCUCAGGAGCUCUGGGAGAAGGAAAGAGUCCUCUUCCAGGAUCGUCUCGCCGCUUCCGAAGCCGUGGCUGGAGCUCAACCCGAGCUCCGGGCACUCAGGCUCGAGCUCGACGGCUCCAAGAAGGAGUCAGCUCUCAUGCGAGCCGAGAUGAAGGAGCUUAAGGAAGAGCUGCGGGUUUGCCAAGCCCAGCGCGACGCGGCGGUCUCGUCCUUUCAGGAGGUGCAGGCGAGGCAGUUCUCACGCGAGGCGGAGGCCACCAAUCGUCUGCGGAGCGAGUAUGCCGAGCAGCGGCAGGUGUUUCUUGAAGAGGCAUCUGUUGAAGUGGCUGCGCUGCGGCAGCAACUCCAGACUCUGAAGCAGGAGAAGGACCAUGCUGCAGCAGAACUUCAGAAGGCGCGCCAAAGCGAGGAGGAGCUGGCGGCCACGCUGAGGCAGGAGAGCGAGGAGGAGAACCAGAGUGCGCUGAUGAGGGCCAUUUGGCAACUGCAGGUGGCGGACGACUGCGUGGUGUCCUUGCAGGGCCGCUUGCAGGAGGAGUCUGAGAACUACACCGCCUUCCACUGCGAGCUGCUAAGUUGUCGCCAAGAGCUGACGGAGGAAGCCACUAGCUCAAGACGGCUUGCCGCGGCGCUGUCGGCAAGCGAGCAGGAGCAAGAGCUUCUGGAAAAGAAGGUUCAGACCCUCGAGUCAUCGCUGAGGGGCGACGAGAGCCGCAGCUCGGACAUGCCGGAGACCUCCCGCGAGCGUCAGCAG